CGGAGGAGACGCAGAAGGGGAGCAAACAGCUCGCCCCCAACAAGUUCAUCCCCAGUCCAGAGAGAGAGAGGCAGCCACCACCAAGUUCUUUCCAGGCCACCCUCCUCCUCUUCCCCCCACCGCACGCCUCACUCAACACCGGCGAACUCGGGAGCGCGCGGCCCGAGUGUGUCGGCGGCAUGAAACGCAAGGCAACAACUGCAGCCUCAGCCGACCCCGCACAGGGGGGCAGCGAAGCUGAAAAAAGACAAAAGAUGGAGAAUGAGAUCAAGACCUUACAGGUCGUUAAGUUCAGUGGUGUUUACUACACUCUGCCUCUUCAUCUCGUCGCACCCGCUGUCCAGCACGUGUUGGGAAGAAAGACCACCAUAUUAAGGAUGAGGGGAGCUACUCUAGAUGAGAACAACAUGUUACAUCUAGAGAUAGAAUUUUUGUCCCGUCAUGCUGCCAUGAAGGCUAUGGAACACUGCAACGACAUAGACCCGCGCCACAAACGCUAUAUUCAAGUAAAAUGGAAUGAUACAAAUUUGGAUGUGUCUGCUAACAAUGAGGAACCGGUACUUCAAGAACUAUCAUACCUAGAGCCUCAGCCGGAUUCCACAGAAGAGAAAAAGGUAACGUCAACUAUUUUUCAAGGAUUUAACCGAUACCUCCCGUGGCAGUGAGUGUACUGAUUGUUGCAGAUGACCCUUUCAUGCCCCCGUACAAGAAUUGUUGCAGAUGGCCGGCUUGUCUUUUGAUAUUAGCUAUGUAGUUUCCUUUUAGAAAUUUAGUGGUUAGCGAGAAGAAACAGAUAGUAACAUUUUUUGGUGUAAAUUUUGGUACUUUCUAUCAAGAGGUACCAAAUUUUACAUAAAAAAAAGUAACACCUCCUGGUAGCUCUUAGGACCAUUAUAAAAGCACUCUUCCUCUUCAAUUAGUCUGCAAACAAUCUAAGGUAGUGAUAUUUUUUGGCUUACCAGUGUGCCACUUUCGACAAACACACUGUGACAAUGUUAUUUAUGAUCACAGGCCUAUGGUUGGCUUUGGUUGUUUAUACAGAUGAUUUGUACCAGAUUGAUGAGGUACACAGAAAU